AUGUCAGAACGAUCUUGCCCCGUGUCCGGCUCUGCUGGUGGGAGAUGCCCAGCGGGUAUGCAUGGCCUGCCCAGCGCAAAAGGAAGUACCAAAGGCAGCCGUAUCGGUCCAAGAGGUUGUUCCUUUUCAGGCUUUACUCAGCCAGGAGACGUUCGCACAGCAUUUAAUAUCCCCAACGGUGUUGAGACGGAAGACUGGCUACGACUCAGAGAACGCAAGGCCAUCAACGAAAUAUUGUACUCUGAUAUCCCCACAAUAAAGGAACUGAACGAAACGACAGACAUCGACGGUCUCACGGCCAAUGAACAUGACUUGCUAGCCGUCGCCUUGGGCGCACCCGCUCGACAGGUAAUCAUCCGAGCUGAAGAGGUUGGGCCACAAUCCGGCUGGCGCGAUGGGUGGCUAUCAGCAGAAUACGGCUUCGUGCCUCCGGACCCGGACGAGACGGUCAACGCCUUGGCCAAUACACCCGGCCGAGUCUGGUCGGACUUGUGCGAGAGAAUGCCCGGGUGUGUCUCCCGAGGUCGUGUGCGGGAAUCCGUUGCCGCCUUGCCAUUAAUCGAAGGUACCGAGGACGUCAUCCCGGACGAUGCUCUCUGGGCUGCUCUUGUCGCCCUGGGUCUUCUGUGUUCCAUCUAUCGAUACGAGGACAAGCACGACGGACACGAAGGCGUCAGUAUGGGCGCCAAGAUGGAUAAGCCCAAAGUCGAAAUGAGCGACGAUAUCCUAGAAGAAGUGAAGGGGAUCCCCAAGACCAUUGGUCUUCCUUACGUCCAAAUUUCAAAGCGUAUGGGCAGGCCGCUUCCCCACUUGACGUUUGUCGACCAGUCUUCGUACAACGUCAGGAUCAGGGAUCCGAAAUCAGUUUAUCCAUACGUCGGCCGCUUCGACAACAUGGAUUUGCGAUGGCCCAUGUUUGGCGACCAGUCCGAGAUUGCUUUCUUGAAGGGUUGCGCCGAUACUUCAGCCUCUUUCCAGCACGGCCCAGAUGCCAUUGCCAGCUGCCAAGAGCAUGUAAUGAACCGCAACGUGGAGGGCCUAUUGCGUGAAAUGAUUCGAUUGAAGGAGAUUCUUGAACGCAUGCCGGCCGCUUUCCACACCAUCUCGCCAAAUCCUAGCUCCGGCGAGAACUUCGUCAGCGCUGACGAAUGGGUACGGUGGGCCAAGUUUUCUGCCCCUCUGUCCAAGCGAUGCCCUGCCUCGUCUGGACUCCAAUUCCCCCCUUACCUCCUAAUGGACGCCUUCCUAGGCCGCAAAAAGUAUGGCUCUUUCUUAGGAGCCGAAGGCAUUCAUUUGCGAGCAUGGCAACCAUCCAACCUGCGUGCCUUCAUUGCCGCAGUUGAGUACCACUACAGUGUUCCCGAGUUCGUCGCCAAGUCGGGUGACCCUCGAUUGAUGGGCGUAUUCGACGGAAUCGUUGAGGCUUACACGGGCGAAAGAGGUUUCAUGGGCGUCCACCGCUACAAAGUGUUUGGAAUCCUCGAAGUGGCAGCCAAGACUGGCCGUACAGAGACCAACGGUGCCUCUGGCCAGGCGGGCGCCAAGCAACGUCCGUGGGAGGAAACCCAUAAGCAAUUCUCCGAGGCCAUGAAGGAGAGACUUGAGCCUUACCGCGGCAACAUUGCCGUGGAACCGCACCAGAUGCGAGGAACUUUCGAGGAAUGCCGGUAUAAGACGAGAAUCCUCAGCCGGUCUUUUGUCGACAACGACGUCGAUCGAUCUAUUAGCAUGGUCACACUAGACAUUCAAGAUACGGGCAUAACAUUCCAGCCUGGUGACAGACUGGCCAUCAUGCCUCUGAACACGUGGGAAGAGUGUGCCAAGGUUGCCCUCGCUCUGGGCUUCGAGGACAUGCUAGAUACCCCCAUCAGUCUCAACCAGAAGUGGAGUAGAUUCGCCGAGCACCUAGGAUCCGUCUCAAGGAAAGCCGUUCCGAAGCUAUCCAUCAGAGACAUCAUGCGACGGGGUCAUCUGGCCCCGUUGACGCAGGAACUCGUGCUCAAGGUUCACCACAUGCUCAGAGCAUCAUCCAAUGUGGUGCUGCAAGUACUUGCAACCGACGAAUGGCCUGUCCGCGGAUCUCUUGGUGACCUGCUGCAGGCUGCUGUUGCGGACACUCCAUCACACGUCUGGGAUCAGGCAUUCGACCUGACAGGGUCCCUCGGCUGGCUUGGAGAUCUGAUAGAUGUGGAAAUACCCCGAACAUACUCCAUCUCCAGCUAUCCCGAUGAGCUGCUUCCCAGCACCGUCGACUUGACCAUAUCCAGGGCCGAAUACGAUGUGUGCUCAACAUUCGCAGGGCAGGACCUGAUCAAGCGAAGUGGCGUGAGCAGCGGCUUUCUCAACCCUCCCGUCACUUCCAGCGAGGAGCUGAUGCCGAUCGAGGAGGAGAUCCUGGUUGGCGUUUCGCGUCCCGUCGCUUUCCAGCUGCCGCUUGAUGGCGCUGCUCCCUGUGCCUUCUUCGCCGGUGGUAGUGGAAUCGCACCAUUCCGCAGCUUCUGGCAGUCGCGUAUCGGCCGCACUGUGGGUCGGAACAUUCUGUACCUCGGAGUGCAAUCCAGGGAGAAGUUCUGCUAUGAGCAGGAGCUCAGAGAGUACGUCAACAAUGGCCAGAUGGAGGUCCACACUGCAUUCUCUCGCGACAGCCGUGGUCUGGUAUAUGACAGAUAUUCCAAGGACUUAGUUGAGAAGAAUAUCCCACCCCGGUACAUUGACACCCUUAUUGCCGAGCAGGGCGAGACAGUUUGUGAUCUCGUCAUGAGUAAAAAGCAGGGCGGUCUCGGUGGAUACCUCUACAUUUGCGGCAGUGUGUCGGUAUUUGACUCUGUCAUGGCGGGUCUUCGCAAGGCUAUCUACAACCACAGAACUGCUACGAUGGAAUCCACCGAUGUCAUCAUCAAUUCGGCCUUUGCUGAGAGACGCAUUAUGCUGGACGUCUUCAUGACACCCAAGCCCCUUCCUUGCAACCUCCCCACUAUCCCCCAGUCGCAGCUUGCCCUCCACACGGGUCAUCGUCCCGACUCUCGCAUGUGGAUCGGCGUCCAUGGGAAAGUUUACGACAUCACCGACUUCUGCCCCAUGCACCCCGGUGGCACCCUCAUCAUCAAGUCGAAUGCCGGUGUUGACUGUUCGCGAUCAUUCGACAAUCUUGCACAUACCAACAACCCCGAGGUGGCAAGUUUGCUGACCAAGUACUUCAUUGGCCACCUAACGCCGAAGCCCGAUUACCACGGCAUCGACGAGCUCAGCGGACUCUAUGACAUGUGGCUCGACUACACGCGCACUGUGGUCGAGACGUUGGUCGCUCAUCAGUUCGAGAUGAAUAAAUUGAUGGGCAACGACAUGGGCACUUCAAUUGACUCAUCUACCAUGUGGUUCCAGGGCAGCAUGAUCAGCGUCAAGGGUGUGCGGUCCUUCUACCAAUAUCAGUCUCGACUCUUGCAAGGUGGCUUCAGUGCCAUGUUCGGACCUAAGUUCCAAGAGUUGAUCUUGAAGCUGUCCUUCAGCUUGGCCAAUAGUGCACCUGAUGGUGCGUCAACUCGUCUGCCCGAUGUCCUCGGCGUCAUUGGUCGAGCCAAGACCUCGGAAGACGCUAUCAAUACAUCGAAGCAGGUAUCGCUAAUUGGCGAGUUCAUUCGUGACAGUGAAAGCGCACGAUUCCACGAGAGAGGUAUCAUGAGCUACGCAAGCAAGUCUGUCGAGCUCGACAUUGCUCUCUUGGAAGACAUCAGACAGGAGGCAUGCUAUGGUAUGGACGCCUUCGAUUCCAUCUCGGAACUCGAUGACUCCACCGGGAACCAAGCCGUCGUGGCUAUUUCCACAUUCCUGAUGCAGGUCCUGGAGCGCAUGGCGAAGCGUCUCGAGAUAUUCUACUCCAACCUGGCGCAGCACUCCAUUUACAAGCCAGAGAUUGAGCGCAACCCUGCCCGGAGUCGCUGGCAUCUCCUGCGCCAACGCAUCCGCGACGGCAGCUUCUUCAUCCUCACUCAGGACACCGUCCUGGGUGCAGCCCCAUCAUACAUGCCCCAGAAGGCGCAGAACACGGUCGAUUUCGACCGCGUCAUCUCGCAGAUUCAACAGACGCUCACCAAUGUGCCCAAGCCGGGCCGCGCGACACCAACUCCUCGUAUGGAUCUGAACCAGAUGCACACCGCGCGUACGCAACAACCCAAGCACGGCGCCUCCGCCUUCGAGUCUCACGAAAACGCCACGGCCCUGGGCAAUAUGUCUUCGUUCGUCGACAAGAACAUGCGUGCCAUCCGGCGCCUCAGCAAAAUGCCACCCAUGCCCAUCAGCUUGGAGGCCCUAGCCAACCACCCAUCUGUCACGGGCAUUCAAGCCCAGCCCGACACCAUUACCCCGCCGUCGAGCCGUGGGUCCAGUCGCUCACCGAACCGCAUACCCAUGGGCCAUACUGGCGUCUACCCAAGGUCCCACUCCCCACCCCUAACUGCCAACGAGGCCAUGUCCGCCUACGGCUUCAACCGCCGAAUGGACAACCACGGCCACUCCUUGUCUUCGCAUCAGAGCAUGCAGCAUCAUCACUACCCUGCCACGCCGCCUCUCGAUCCCGCAUCCGCCAUCAACUCCAUGAUGGGCAAGCUCAACGUGCGGCCCCGCGCCAACGCUAGUCGGGCUACGACGCCAGUUAAUAUGAUGGGCCACAGCCAAUCCGUGCGGUCGAGCAGCGCCGAUGGAAGGGCCAGGGCGAUGCACAUGCGUCAAUUGUCCGCGGGACAGCCGUUCGCUAUGGUCCCGGGGCAGCAGCAGUCCUCCCGGACGAGGUCGGCGACCAGUACGAGUGGGGGGUCGUUGAGGACGUUUAGGCUUGUGCAACAGGCCGCGCAGGGACAUCAUCAUGUUCAGAAGGUCACUCCUACGUUUUGA